AUGACAUCAAGACAAAAUUAUACAGAUAAAGAUACCUUUUUCGUUUUUUCCUGUGAAAGUAUUAGAAUUGAAGUCUUACAUUAUCCUCCCAUUAGGAUAAUUUCGAAUUAUCCACCAAUUCUAUUCAUACAUGGAUUAACUAAUUCGGCUUGGGCUUGGGAUAAUUUUUGUCGCUGGUUCUCGAAUCAAGGACAUGAUUGUUACGCUAUGAGCUUUCGAGGAUAUGGACAAAGUACCAAAACACCAAAAAAAGAUAAAUGGUGGAAAUUAAAUGAUAUUACAAUUGAUGUAUCAGCCGUAACUGAUACAAUAAUUGCUAGGACCGGAGAUAAACCCAUUCUCGUUGGUCAUUCAUUUGGAGGUGGAAUUCUUCAAUAUUAUCUUCAAAAUAAUCAUCAGAAAGUGGCUGCUGGCGUUUUAUUUGCAGCAACAUCACCGUACAACUACAAAAGAGGAAUCGUCAAAUACAUUCGUAAAUUAUUUUCAAAGAUGCCAAUUCUAGCUGUCCUUAAAUCAUUAAUCACAUUAAAUCCGUAUGCAACAAUUGAAACUCCUGAAUUAAUGAAGAGAGCCACCUUUUCUAAAGCAUUUCCUGAUUCUAUGGCUAAAGAUAUUCAUCCAAAGCUUGAUAAGGUUAGUCCUAUCACUGCAUUGUUUCAAAUUCAUAAGCCUUUUGUUGACCCUACGAAAAUUAAAUGUCCUAUAAUUGUGAUUGGUGCCGAAGAAGAUUCAUUAUUUGAUUUGAAAGUGAUAAAAGAAACUGCUGAGGCUUAUGGUGUCGAAUUUGAUAUAAUUGGAGGUGCUGCUCACAAUAUUAUGUUGGAUCUUACAUGGGAGGAUUCUGCCAAUGUUAUUUUUAAUAGAAUCCAAGAAAAGGUUAUACAAAGAGUAAUUUAG